AUGUCUCCGAAAGGCUCCUCGUCCUCGACACGUAGCGCUUCGUCCAACGCCGCACCUUACGCACGACGCGCCGCUGGUCAACCAAAGUCUUCUAGGCAACAGUUCUCUGCAGUAAGAUGCGACCUCAAAGAUCUCCCAGUAAGCCCUUCAGGCCAACAGUCAUCCUGCUCAAAUUGCAGAGAGCGAGGCAUCAAAUGCGUAGACGAGUUUGCCGAAGUCAAGGCUGUUAAGCUGCUGAGACGUGGCCGCCGCCUACAAAAAGCCGAAGCCGUCUAUGGAAAGGUGACAUCUGAUGAUUCAGCUGCAUCAUCUUCUGCGAACCCAGCCACAGUGAACACCGCCACGCCUCUGUCACCCAUCUCGCCCAUCUCUACGCAACAAACAAAUAUUCCCCAACUAAAGCUCGAAUUUCUCAGCUCCCCCUUCUUUCGCAGAUUCAGCGUACAACGCCCCAUCAUCGAGCCGACUGAAUUUACUGCUCGCUACUUUGCACAUGUCAAAGGCUCAACUUCCCUCGGUAUCGAGGGUCAAAUCCUCGCAAUGCUCCUAGUCACUUGGGCAGCAUCGUUUGGCGUCAACGAAUAUGGUGUCGAGGAAGACGAGCCUCUAUCUCCUACGUCUUCUGUCGGCUCAGAUACCUCAUCAGAAGAUGCCCAGGAAACCGAUCCUCGCCGCCGUAUGCGUAAAAUACGCGCAGAGGCCAUGGCGAAAGAGAUCCUUGGUCUAAUCGAUGCACAUGGACUUAUGCGCCAUGGCACUUGGGAUGGCGUUAGAGUCCUCUUGUUGAUUCUUCCUCUCACCCAGGGCAUCCAAGCUCCGAUGGAUAGACUAACUAUGUAUGAGGCCACUCUAUCUCAAAUAUAUUCCCUCUGCAGUCUCGCCAACCCCUCCACCGUAAACAGCGGUCAGGGACCAUAUUGUGAUGCCUUGGUUCGUGCCAGGAUUUUCUGGUAUGCCCAUACCCAUGAAGGUGUCACUACUGGCCUGCGAGGCGGACGUCUAUUGUUGGAUGAUGAUGAUUUGAUUGCCUUUAGAAGCACUCUGCCACCUCAGUAUUGCUCAUCUGCCUCAGCCUCAUCAUCUAUCUCAGCGCCUCCAUCAUCGAUGCCGUCUCCGACUUCCCCAGUGUCCGCUGAGUUCUCUUUAUCCUCUUUCCAGGACCCUCGGGGUCAUUCGCGCGCCUCGCUCGCCUAUCUUCUCACCACACAUUAUUUCUCGCUCGCACUCUCCGUGUCAGCCAUUUGUCGUCGCAUCCACGCUAUACUCACCGGCACUCGUGCUCGCCGUCGUGCAGAGGCCGGUGUAGGUGUGGAUGAAGAGAGUCUCGUAGAAGUUUGGGAUGAGCUCGAAAGGUGUUGGGACCAGUUCGAGGCACUUCGCCGCGGCGCAGGGGGAAUAGGCGGCAUGGGUGGCGGCCUGAUUAGAGGCGAAGAUGUCGAACGAUUCGUCAGCGGCUGGCAGGUCUUCAUCUUUGAGUGCCAUAACGUGAUCCGCGAGGCGCUCAAGCAACACAUCAUAACACAAUCACCGCACGGUAGCCCUACGCUGGACGCCACUUCUGGCCCCAUCCACCCUUCUACUACUGCCCAGAGGUACUCCUCGGCAUUGCGUCUCCACGCCUAUGCUACUCGUCGCUGCCGCAAGGUUCUCCCUGGUGUGUUGGGGAUCCUGAAGAGGCACCUCGCUGUCUCAUCGAGCGGAUUUUUCGCAUGGGACGCUGGCCUUGUUCGAGAUGGAUGCUUCUUUGCUGGACUCCUUCUUGCUCAAGGUGAACUUGAAAUGGAAGAUAUCGAGGUUGAUAUCAAAGAAGAAGAAGGCAUGUCAUGGGACGUUGACGUGGAAGAAGGCGUUGAAGUGUGUCUCCGCGCACUCCGAGAGAUGGGUUGGGCUUUCUCGAAGAGUGUCGAGCGGGAAAAGACUAUUCGCGCCGUCUGGGAGAGCCGUGUUGCCCGUGAAGCAGAGGUUACGCGUGAACGGAGCCGUCGCUUUGCAGAAUUUGAGAAGGAGCAACUACACCAAGCAGCUGUAUACCACAACGUUCACCACGUUCAGGACAGCUCCCAGUAUCUCGCCGACAAGCUGCACCAUGCUGCAAAUAUAAACUCGUACGGUCGUGUUGGGCAACAUCCUCAAUCGCUAACCCUCGUCUCCGCUGCGGGCCAAUCACGCCCUCACCUACCACCUCUCUCGGUGGGCUUUUCAUACAUGGACAGUGCGCCAAGCACUGCUGUUACCGAGGAUGGAAACUGGUCUACGUAUACACCUCCUACAACUUCUGGCUCUAUGACGAGCACUGUUGCCACGCAUCGUAGCUCGCCGUCGGGUAGCUCCGGGUCUCCCCCACCUCAUCUGGGUACUUCUGGACCUUUCGCUCACCAUCUCCCGCCCAUCCAAACGUCGUUCAAGAACGACAGUGAUGCAUUUUACAGUGGCGUUGCUGACCUGGAUCCCUUCACUUUCUCUGUGGAUGGUACCGCUGCCACUGCCGGUUUAACCAGCCCUACUCUUACGUCGCAUUCGUGGUCGUCGACGUACCCCCAUCAACAAAAUCAUAUGAGCCCAUCAGGUGGUUAUCUCGACCCGAGUGUGGUGUUUGCUGGACCUGGAGCUGUAUUGACUGCAGAUGCGUCUAGCGAGGAUGGUUGCCCACACUUUGGGUCGGACUGCCAUGGGUUCUUUCAUUAG